GGUAUAAAUCCCACAGCAUUGAGGAAUAUAAUGAACAUUUUGGAGUGAAAUAUAAUAUCAAAUAUACACUUGCUAACGCUAGUAAUUGCAUAUUUUUGUAAUGUUUAAACAACAAAAACAUAUUUUAAUUGACAGUUUGAGAGGUUUUACUUGCAUGAACAAGCUUUUCCAAUUUAAAGAUAAACGAUUACAAUGUCAUAGAUAAUACACCUGUAGAGGGACGGAAACACCUGUUAGUUCUUUGUUAUUCCAGUGGUAGAACUACUCAUUGUGCGUGACAAUGGACAUAGUACUGUUAAUACUGUUAUACUCUGUAGUAUCGUUAACAGUGAUAUGGUGCGUACUGCAAAGCUACUUCCACAGCGUUACGAGUGACUACUUCACAAGCAGGGGCGUACCCUAUGAGAGAUACCCUUGGGGGAAUUUACUCGAGGUCGUAUUUAACAAAAGAUCUUUAGAUAUUGUGUGUUCUGAAAUGUACCGACAGUACAAACACAACAAGUUAGUUGCGUUCCUUUUUUGGCGAACACCGGCCGUAUUUAUAUUGGAUCCUCAGUUGGCAGAAACGGUCUUGGUUCAAGAUUUCAGCAAUUUCCACGAUAGAGGAGUUCCUCAUAACCCAAAUGAGCCAAUGUCAGAGUCUUUGUCUAUUUUAUCUGGCCAAAAAUGGCGACAUUUGAGGUACAAACUGAUUCCAGCCUUCUCAUCAGGAAAGGUAAGAGCAAUGCUCGAACAGAUACUAAAGUGUGGUGAUUUUGCUCUAGAACAUAUUGAAGAAGACUCAGCGACCCAGCGAGAGGUAGAAAUGGAACAAAUGGCCUUUAAAUAUACAACUCAGGCAAUGGGUAGUUGUAUGGCUGGUAUAGAACUGCAGUCUGACUCUAAACUGUGGAGUACUUUCAAAAAUGUACUAAAUAUCGCAACCAAGCUCUCUCUAUAUAGUCGUCUCAAAGCUCUUUUGGCAAUUGCAAAUCCAAAAUUGCUGAUCCUUUUAAAUAUUCAAAUAAUAGAUAGGCGUGUCACAAAGUUCUUUUUAGAUCUUACCCAAUCAGCAAUAAAAUGUAGAGGUUUUACAAAAAGAAAAAGACAUGAUGUUCUACAGCUUAUGUUAACCCUGAAAGAGGAAGAAGAUAGAGAAAAGAAGGCAAUAGUGGGUAACAAUUUCAGCGCCAUAGAUGCGAAUGGUGAUUUUGACACUGCUUAUAGUUGCAAAUCUUCAGUGGAAAUCGAAUUACCAAAAGAGGCUAUCUUUACAGAAAAUUGCAUAGCUUCUACACUAUUCAAUUUCGUUAGUGGAGGGAACAAACCAAUUGUAAACACAAUCAUCUUUGCUUUGUUUGAGCUUGCAAGAAAUCACUCUACCCAGGAAAUAGCACAAAAUGAAAUAGACUUUUGCAUCGCCAAACAUAAAGGCCUCACUUAUGAGGCAAUCAGGGAUAUGAUAUAUAUAGAUCAAAUUGUUCAGGAGACCUUAAGAUUGUACACACCAGUUCCACUAAUUAGUCGAAAAGUGACUGGUGAUUUCCAAAUGCCCGGAACUGACUUCGUGUUGAAGCCUGGAAAUUUCAUAUAUGUCCCUAUAGCUGCCAUACAUAAAGAUCCUCAGAACUACCCAGAUCCCGAGUCGUUCAAUCCUGAUAGAUUCGCAGGUAACAACUACAAAUCCAGUGUCUUGUACAUGCCAUUCGGCCACGGCCCUAGGAUGUGUAUUGCAAUCAAAUUUGCCGUUGUGACGAUGAAAGUGUACCUUGCCAAGAUUUUAUCUAAAUAUUCAGUGAGGCUGGGCAGAAAAUUACACCUUCCGCUGCGGUUCGAUGGAUCUUAUUAUAUUAUGAAGCUGGAGGGUGGAAUGUGGUUGAGUGUUCAUCCCAGAGAUGCACACUCCUAGUGAUGAACUCACAGAAUAAUAGAACAUUAUCUUGUUAUUCCACAAAGAAAUAUUUUACUGAACAUUCAUUCUUAUUCAUAUCCUAGUGUUACCACUAAAAAGCUUACGUGAUUUUGUCAUUAGGCUUACAGAUCAUUCAAAAAGUAAAAAUGCUAAGUGGGUUUAGAAAAAUUUAGAUUCUAAAAGUAACAGUUUUAUAGGCAAUGUAAAUUCUGUUUGUCUCCAAAUUGCUCCAGGAACUUUUACAGGAUAUGAUGAAAAUAAGAUUAGUGUGUAAAAUUCUAUCAAUAGAACUCAGAACACGUUGUGUAGCAUAAUAACGCAUUACAAGUUUAUUUUUAGGUUUGUUUUACUUGCAUCGUUCUCUGCGAAAAUUAACUGUAACAAGUCACUCCGCAUUACACGUACAAAAGUUUAUUAUUCAUGUGGUAUAACCAGUAUUCAUGAUUGCCUGU